CCUCCAAAUUCGUCUUGUCGUUCCCCUCUGCCUUUUCAUUGAUCCCCUUCAUCCUGGUAAGAAACAUCUGGGAAGGAUGCUCAAGCUCUUCAAGAGGCUUAAAGAUGAACUAAAGGGACCUAAGGACGAGGACGGAAUAGCUUUUCUUGAGGAACUUCAAACUACCCAUUCCCCACCUCCGUCAUUUUUUCCUGCGCCGACUUGGAAACUUCCCCUGCCACCUGAGAUCAUGUAUAUUAUUAUCGACAGCUACACUCCCACCAACGACCUUGACACACUGAAAGCGCUCUGCGUAACUUGCCGCUGCUUACGACCUUAUGCCUCUCAACGGAUCUUUUCCGAUAUUUCUAUCGGUGCUGGGGAUUACAUUGGUCAUGGCGACGAGAUGCAGAAGCCAGACCGAUUCGCAAAGACCCAAGCAGAACGAUUUGCGAGGGUUAUCCACCACUCACCGCAUCUCAUCGCGUCCACCCACACCCUUCGCAUCUUCCACGCUAAAGGGCAUAACGCGCCUUACCCAAUGAGUCGAGAAGAGGCCAGCCUGAUAUACAUCCUCAGCAGAGAUUUGAAAAACCUCACUUCGUUACACCUCAUCUGCAGGUUUCACUGGGCUUAUCUCUUGUACCCGGUCAAGGACGCGUUUCUGGACGCUUUGAAACGACCGACGUUGCGCGAGGUCGAGUUGGAGAAUGUGAUUGUCCCCCUUGAUUCCAUCGAGUCAUGGAAUUUCCGGAGGUUGAACCUCACUUCCGUCUUGUUCAUGCCACUGAACGACGACACCGACAUAUUUGGGCAGUUCGAGGAGUUGUGCUUUGGAGAUGUGGUUGGUUUCACCCGUUUUCUGGUGUCGUAUUAUGGCUGGAAGCCGUUUCCCCACCUCCAUACGCUCAAGUACAAAGGCACAAGGGAAGGCGUACCGCUGCUACCUUCCGUGUUGAAGCGUUGCCCGUCACUUGAACGAUUGCAAAUUGAUCCUAGUGAUGAUAAUAGCCCUUUUGUCACAACACUCAACCUGAAGAACAUCCCGACAACCUUGAAACGACUUAUCUUAUCCACCAUUGCCGCCCUUCCUCCCUAUCUUGUUGAAUUUGGAAUUUUCUCCACGGACAACUCAAUUGAGCGGAUCACUUUCGUCAUUCGUUCGGCUGCGCCCAAACGAGUUGGGUAUUGGGAUUGGCGCGAAGUGGAUGACGUGUUUUCUCCGCCUGGUUCUUGGAAAUUUUUGAAAAUGGUCGAGGUAAUCGCGUGCACCAAUGAGGAAAUUGGAUUUGAAACUUUCUAUGGAGAUCUGAUUAGUGUGGAGCAUGAUGGGAUAUCCUCUCUUGCGGAGAGGGCGGUAGUCAAUUGGUACCACACUUAG